GAUUCCUCAUUCCAACCCCAUACCCCCUCUCCAACCAAACGACCCCUUAACAGACUGCGCCGGAUAAAGAAGUCGUCUCUUUCGUUCACUGUUGUUCGUUGCUGCUGCGUAAACUGCACAGCUAAAAUGAAUCAUCAACAGCAAUCCAUCCUCCUCGAUUCCGCCGCUCGUUUCCCACCUCCCCAAGGUGUAAAAUUUUCAUAUGGGACAUCUGGGUUUAGAGCAGAAGCAUCGAUAUUAGAGUCCACUGUGUAUAGAGUGGGUAUUUUAGCUGCAUUGAGGUCAAUCAAGACUCAAGCUGUUAUUGGAUUGAUGAUCACUGCUUCACAUAAUCAUGUUUCUGAUAAUGGUGUUAAGAUUGCUGAUCCUGGUGGCGAAAUGUUGUCGCAGCAAUGGGAGCCUUUUGCGGAUUCUUUGGCUAAUGCUUCUGAUCCCGAACAUCUCCUCCAGUUGAUACUUGAAUUUGUCAAGAAAGAAAAUAUUCAAUUCGAAGGAGGAAAGGGAGCUGAGGUUUUAUUGGGGAGAGACACCAGGCCCAGUGGGGAAUCUCUUCUAGAGGCUGCUAAACAGGGAAUCCGUUCUAUAGUUGGAGCUGUUGCAGUCGACAUGGGGGUUGUCACAACCCCUCAGCUCCACUGGAUGGUCCGUGCUACUAAUAAGGGGGAGAAGGCAUCUGAACACGAUUACUUCGAUCAACUUAUAAGCUCUUUUAGGUGCCUGCUAGAUCUAAUCCCCCAAGGCGCACAAAGCAGUAACAAGGAGAAAAUGAUCGUGGAUGCUGCAAAUGGUGUUGGCGGACUAAAGCUUGAAGUUAUCAAGAAGAGUAUACAUGGUUUGAAUUUUGAAGUUCGCAACACUGGCAAGGAAGGUGUGCUCAAUGAUGGUGUUGGUGCUGACUUUGUGCAGAAAGAGAAGGUCACUCCAUAUGGUUUUAGUACCGCUGAUGUUGGAAUGAGGUGUGCAAGUUUGGAUGGGGAUGCUGACCGGCUUGUAUAUUUUACAGUGCUGCCAAAUUCUAGUGGCAAAAUUGAAUUAGUAGAUGGGGACAAAAUACUGUCUCUUUUUGCUCUAUUCAUCAAGGAGCAAUUAAGUAUACUUGAGGAGGCUAAUAACAAGAAGGUCAAUAAUUCCUAUGAAGCACAUCUUGGUGUUGUACAAACAGCAUAUGCAAAUGGUGCAUCCACUGAUUACCUGAAACAAGCGGGUCUAGAAGUCGUGCUUACUCCUACAGGGGUAAAAUACCUGCAUGAGAAAGCAGCUGACUUUGAUAUUGGCGUAUAUUUUGAAGCAAAUGGACAUGGAACAAUUUUGUUCUCUAGUAAUUUCUUAUCCUGGUUGGAUGUUAGAGUUAAUGAGCUUGGGUCAACAGCCAAAGGUUCUGAACAACUAAAGGCUGCCUUAAGAUUAUUGGCAGUCAGCAAAUUGAUUAAUCAGGCAGUUGGGGAUGCUUUGAGCGGCUUGUUUCUGGUAGAGGCUAUCUUACAACAUAUGGGAUGGUCAAUACACAAAUGGAAUGAGCUUUAUAAUGACUUACCCAGCAGACAACUUAAGGUAAAAGUUGUUGACAGAACUGCUGUUGUCACAGCAAAUGCAGAAACUGAAGUUGUCAGUCCCCCCGGCAUCCAAGAAGCCAUUAACGUGUUGACCGCAAAAUAUCCUCGGGGAAGAUGUUUUAUACGACCAUCAGGAACCGAAGAUGUUGUAAGGGUGUAUGCAGAGGCAAGCAGACAGCAAGCAGCAGACGACUUGGCCAGUUCUGUGGCCAAACUGACAGACCAGUUUCUUGGAUCACACUAAAUUUACCGUUCUGGAUGUUUUUGCUGUCUUAUUGCAUGGACUGAUAAUGAGAGUCCGCAUAAUGGUUCAACUCAAUUGAUAAACCUGUUAGUUGGAUCAUGCUAACUUGGUGAUUCUGGACAAUUUUAUCAUACUAGGAUAGCCUAAUCUUUACAGUAUUCCAUCCAGCUCAUAAAACUUCUGCCUGCUCUGGGUAUCCUUAGUUAUCACCAUCUACAUGUAACAUUUGCUUGACUCCUGACUUUGUUUAUUAGUUGUUGACUGGCAACUAUUCAGACAGAGCUUUUGGAUGUUUUUUUUUUUUGGCCAAGUAAACCUAUGCUUUUAGUUUUAUUCUCCUGAAAUUCAUUCAGGGGCACUAUAAGUUUUCUUUUUCACUUGA